CCUGAGAUUGAUGAACAACUACUGGAGUUCAUCUUGCUUCAAAAACUACUUGUGCGAUGCGCAAGAUGUACUCCUCUAAACUUCAAGUGAUCUAUGGCAGUUUAAGGGGGUUGAAUCAAUAAGCUCACCAUGGUUGGCGCUCGCUUCUCGAGAGAUCACGAAGGAGAUGGUAAUAAAGCCCUCUUCGAUCGGCUGGAGCGGAGGUUGCUCCUCGUUCCGCGAUUCUUCCAUGGCUUCCGACUCCAUCGGCGACUAUUGAAUCGACGCCGGCGGAUCCAACGGCGACCUGCGGUGCGCGAUCGAGAGCUUCUGUGACAUGCGGCCUCCCGUCCCCGAGGUGGGAGGCGAGGAGGCCUGCGCAGCUGGUAUUUCUGGUGUCGAGAACUCAAGGAAGAGGGCCAGAGACGAGUUCAGUGCUGGACCAAAAUCAAAAGCUUGUCGUGAAAAAAUGCGGCGGGAUAAAUUAAACGACAGAUUCUCAGAGCUGUCUUCUAUCCUGGAUCCUGGUGCUCCUAAGUCCGACAAAGCAUCUAUUCUAAGCGACGUAGUUCGAAUAUUGACACAGUUAAAGGCUCCUGCUGAAGAAGAAGAAGAACUCAAGAAAUCCAAUGAAAAACUGCAAGAGAUGAUUAAGUUUCUAAAGGUGGAGAAAGAUGAGCUUCGAGACGAGAUGAAACUGAGGCUCGACAAAGAGAAGCUAGAACAACAAAUUAAAGCGAUGACCAUGACUCCAGCAAGUUUCAUCCCUCAUCCUCUCACAUUUCAUCCUGCUGCUGCCGCCCCAGCUGCAUUUGCUCCCGGUGUUCCGGCACCAAAUAAGGCAGCUCACUUCCCUGCUUACCCCGGCAUGGCUAUGUGGCAAUGGCUUCCACCAGCAGUCAUGGACACCACCCAAGACACCAAGCUCUGGCCUCCUCAUGCAUAACACAAGCAAUAUUUAACAAAGGGAGAUACGUGCCUGCAAAAUGUAAGACUUUACUUCUUGUAUUUUUUCUUUGUUUUUUUAAACACUAAUUAUUCUUGGUUUUGAUUGAACUCUGCAGAAAUCUGUAACUUGGUUUGGUGUGAAACGACACAUUGAAAAAUAAAUUAAAUGUAUUACUUUA